AUGACAUACAUCAAGCCAGAUCCCGAUGUGGCCGGGAUUGGUGUUGUCAGCUCCGCCAUCGCUGUUGGGGCCUUAUUAAUGGUAUUGAGUGCUAUUAAAAUAAUGCGCGAACUUUGGGAAGAUUUCAAUUUGACCGAUUUAUUCCGUCCACGGGCCGCCUUAGCGCCAAAUUCAGGCCAGUGGGUGACUGUCAAAGACGCCAAAGAUCACCUAGGCUUACACAAAGAUGUCAAAGAGCGCGUUUCGAUCUUAGAUUUGACCAUCUUCAGCCUUGCUGAUAUCCAACUAUCGGUUGGUAUUGCGACGGCUGUAGCUGCUAUAGCCAAACAUGAUAUUCUCGUAUAUCAUUACUGGGUUAGUUAUGAGAUAUGCUGGCUUGUCUUCUUAGCCUCUACCGCAGGUUUUACCAUAACUACAAAUCCCUUCAUGGUUUCAAACCUAGAGAGAAACAUUGUCCGGACCGCCUUUAUUUGGUGCCUUUUGAUGUUGACGCUCUAUCUAUUCUUCAGAAUAGACGAUACCUUGGCACUCGAUGAGAAGGCGUACUCUCAACCAGGGCAUUGGUCUAAAGAGCUACCAACAUUCGCAGUAGACAUCGCACUACUAAUACACAACAUGGUUUGUCAGGUUCUCCAAACUCUAUGGUUGAGCCGGGAAAAUCUCUUACUGGUUGACUAUUACAUCAUAGCACCACUCAACCACAUCAGUCGUUUCUUGAAUCAAUCCUGGAGUCGCCUUAACACGACAAAGGAUGAAAUGCGUUCUUCCAGUACUCAAAAUUGCUGUUCGAUAGUGUUGAGAUGUCUACGAAUAUUAUGUCUUCUUUUUCUUCAAACCAUUGGCUGUGUUGCUUGGUGUUUCUUUCUUUUAGUAUACUGGCUCUUUGCAGUGCCGCCUAUUACUCACUCGCUUUCAAUAUUUUUCUUCAUUUGGGAAACUUCCGCGAUCUUUUCAAUUAGGAGCGAUGCGGUCGAACUUAUGGCACCAGAAGACCAGGAUGGGGAAGAGCAGCUCGGUUUCGGCCAAACAGUUGCUUUGACAUUACUCAUUGGGCCCGUCAUUGCUAACGCCGAAAAGUGGUUCGAAGCCUUCAGGAAUUGGUUAAACCCGGCGCGGCCAUCGCAACCCGAAGAAAGCAGGCAAGGUAUUGGAGAAAGCCAAGCAACACGGGAGACGAUUGUAGCUUUGCAAGGUGCUGUGCAGAAAUAA